GCCCUCCUACAUACAUGUCAUAUGACUGCCUCGCGACUUCCUUGUCUGCCAGGGAAAACCAAAUGACAGUCAAAGAAGGAUUUUGGAAGAAGCAAACGUUUAAUUUCAGUGUUAAUUCUCUUAUGGCAAUACUACCAGUGAAAUGCUCAUUACUUUGGCUGUUAUUAUGGCUUGGACUCUGGGUUAUGGAGAUCAAGACUGUUGGAUCUCUGGAUGAGGACCACCUGUCACCGUAUGAUCACGGGCACGGCCCUUCCCACUCCCACCGCCACGUGCGAGACUGCCAGCUUAAAGUCCACGGCAAUGUCACCCACGAGACCUGGCCGGCCAGCGGCCACACCGGCACGCCGUUAACCGAGUCCAAAAUCUUUGUCACACGUGUCAGUGAUGCUGUGCCCCGAUGGGUUAACGGUCACAUGACGGUGGUCCACGACCCCCUCAGGAUGGUGUCGGUGCUGGAGCCGGGGGGUCCCGGUGGCUGCCAGAGGAAGCUGAGGGUCCCGGUGGAGCAGAGCGCCUCGGGGGCGAGGUGUCUCUUCGCCCAGAACGGAGGCUUCUUCAACACCCACAGCGGGGACUGUUUGGGGAACGUGGUGAGCAAUGGAGUGCUGGUGAAGGACAGUGGAGGGUUGCAGAAUGCCCAGUUUGGGAUCAGGAGGGACGGAACCCUGUUGUUUGGCUAUCUCUCCGGGGAGGACGUGUUGGAUAAGGCAAACCCGUUUGUCCAGCUUAUCAGCGGGGUGGUGUGGCUACUACGCGACGGACAGAUUUACAUCAACCAGAGCAUUGAGGCAGAGUGUGACAAGACUCAGGAGACAGGGUCAUUCCGCCGCUUUGUGGACGUGGUGUCAGCCAGGACAGCCGUGGGCCACGACGCGGAGGGAAAAGUCAUCCUGUUUCACAUCGAUGGAAAGACAGACACCAGAGGCAUGACUCUGUGGGAGGUGGCAGACUUCCUGAAGAGUGAAGGGGUCAUCAACGCCAUCAAUUUGGAUGGGGGCGGAUCCUCCACGUACGUGGUCAACGGAUCGUUGGCCAGCUACCCGUCCGACCUUUGUACUGACCAUAAGUGGCUCUGCCCCCGGCCUGUCUCCACCAUCCUGUGUGUCCACCAGCCCCAGUGCCAACCAGAGGACUGCAGCGGGCAUGGGGCCUGUGUAGAUGGAAACUGCCAGUGCCGUCAGGGCUGGAAGGGGGCUGGCUGUGAUGCCCUAGUGUGCCAAGCCCCCACCUGCGGUGCCCACAGAGUCUGUACGCAGGACGGGUGUACGUGUGACGCUGGAUGGACGGGGGAGACCUGCAGCCAAGCUUGUGCGCCUGGUUUCUAUGGCGACGGCUGCAAUCAAACAUGCACCUGCACCAACGGGGGCUGGUGUGACCCCGUCCAUGGCAACUGCGCCUGUCCUGCCGGUUUCCAAGGCAAAUCCUGUGAACAAGAGUGUCCACUGGGUUUAUUUGGCCUAAACUGCAGGCAGGAGUGCCAGUGCCAGGACAUGUGCCCAUGUGACCCUGCUACAGGAAGCUGCGACGCCCUGUUCCAGGGAGACAGGAACCGCACCAUUCACCAAGCGGGCCAUUGUCUGGCCAAUCAGAUGAUUGCAAGAUUGCGGGAGGAGGAGGAGAAACACAAGCCUCAUCUCACAGAGCUGACCUGGUUUAUGAUCACGACUCUGUUGACCUCUCUGCUGUUGGCCAGUGCGCUAGGCCACCUGGUCCGGGCGUGCCGGGGUUCCGCAAGGGGUCGUCAACCCAGCCGCAAGGACUACUCCUACACGCCACUGACGGACAUCAACGGGGGCUCCGGCGGCACGAGGGUCGGAGGGGAGGGGUCGAGAGCCAGCGGGAGGGGUUUAGACGGGGAGGAUUCGGACUCUCAGGAUGAACUGUGGUCUCAGAGGAUAGAGAGACAUUCAUAGAGGGCUGGGAAGGAGAGACGCUGGAGGGCACGGUGUACUUAGCGACAACCUAUCAGACCGUGGACAACGCAGGACAGGGACAUACGCAGGGAAGCCGUGGCGAUGAGGUUGGGAGAAGGAUACAGAUGGAGAAACAAUGAGGAGAAACCAACGAGGAGAAAGAUUGAGAGUGGUUUCCUUUGAGCUUUUGUGUUGUCAGCUAAUGUAGAUAACAGCUAACCUUGAUGUUUCAUAGAGACUACGGUACUGUAGCAGUUUGUCCACACUACCCAUGAGAAUCCCUUUCUCUCAUUUACAACCAAGGUCUUUGUUUCAUUCGAUGAAAGGUCUCCCAGAGUGUGCGUAGACACUGCCACAAAUUCAGCCCACUCUUCCAUUGGCAUACUGGCAAGAUAAGGUAUUCUGUCUGUUGUCAUGUGAACAGACAGGGUAUAAACUUUGAACCCUUUCCUAGGAAAGUUAUGGAGCUUGAACCUGCAGAACACCCUACAUGCUGAUGGACUUCACUCUAUGAAACUUUUCAGUGUGACUGGCAGGGUUCAUCAGGAAUGCUUUUAUGAUUCAAAAUGUUUUGGGAAAAUCAGUCACAUCAUGUUUUGUACUAGUGUUUCAAAAAAAACAAAUGGAGACCCCUAUUUUUGUAACUUUCUACAGAAAAUGUUGACAUUUGGUUUGAAUGUUGUCUGACUACUAGUCUGUUUUAGAUUUUGCCAGCUUGUUUUUGUCAUACUCAGCAUACUCAAUCCUAGGCUGUUUUACAGAAAGUUAUUUAACUUAUUUUCUCCUUCAGUCUCCUUCAAACCACAGAGAAAAAGGAAAUGCAAUGCUUUUUCAACUCUAUGCAACUCAUUUUCGACGUUCUAUGAUCAUGUGCUAGCUUCCUGAUGACUGAAGUAAUUGAUCUAGUUAUGCUGGUCUGUUUACAUACUUUCCUGAACACCAAAGUCUUCAGUUCAUCCGUGUUUCUCUCAAACUUGGUUAAACAGCGAGAGAAUGAGUGAAACCGUCACGUUUCCACUUGCACAUGAACUUUGUUACUUGUUUAAUCGUGAUUGGUCUUUUGGAAUUAUUUGGCUUUCUUUGUUUUUUCCAGACAUUUAUGCUUGUUGUUUUUUCCAGACAUUUAUGCUUGUUGUAUGCACAGUUUGGUGUAAUUUCUCAAAAGAUAGUUCCAAAAUACAAGCUGCAUUAGCUAGGAAAAUCAUCAAAUUAAUUCUCUGAUGUUCAUUUGUAUUGUUCGAGCAAAAAUUCAUCAUAUCUCCCCCAACAGAACAUGACCCUGUUCUGUACCAGCUUGUCAUCUGUGAGGAUUACAACAAGGGUUAUACUUUGCCUCUUCUAAAAUCCUAGUCAGAAAUCUGGGUCAGUGUAGGUUGGUGCAAUUACAUGUAUGUUCGCUAAUGUGUUGAGAUUAUCGACAAUGAAUGUAAUACAAUAAUAUAUGUCAUAUAUUACAUAUGUGUUAUAUACAGUACCGGUCAAAAAUGUGGACACAUUUUCCCAGUACCAUUUACUGGUACUGUAUGUGUUGGACCGUGGAUUGCAACCUCAAAACUAUUCGGAGCAUAUUUGUUUAUAUGUUGUACUUCCUCUGCUACAGUUUUGUGCUAUAGAGAUUUGUUAGGCUAUUGCAAUUCUGUUAAUGGCAUUGUUUGCAUAACUUGUCGUUGGGUGCUUUGCCAGCCAGAUACAACCUUGUCCCAAUGUCACUGGACUGUUAAGUACUGUACUGAGCACAACAGCAUCCAGUUUCAGCCAAGGUUUAGGACAUCUGGGUUUGCUUGUGUUCCCCGCGUUUCUGUACUUCACACGUGUUCAUAAAUUUUUACAAAUAAAGCUAUUUUUUGUAAUGUCUUGUGACCGAAA